AUGAUCCCCGCCAAGAACUCCGACCAGGCCUCGGAGCCCGACACCGACGCCAAGUCGAGAGCUCAGCCUUCCCAGGUCCGCUUCUCAUCCAUCACUGAGGAGAUCGCACCCUCUCGAUCGGAAUUAUCUCCGGUCCCAGAACAAAUCCCGCAAUCCCAGCAAUCCCACCAGAAGCCUCCAACCGACGAGGAGCAGCUGCGGUCGCUCGCCAUGAGUCUUCAGGGCUCCCAGCUUCAGGAGUCACGGGCUCGGAACUUCUCUUUCGAGCCCAUGUCCUUACCUUCCUCAAGGUGGACUAGGUACGAGUGGUUUCGCUUCCCCGCAUGCUUCUCCCCCGUCUCUGCCGUACAAUCACCACCUCUUACCCCCGCUGCAACCCACUCCCGCGAAGGAAGAACGGGUGAUGGCGCCUCCUUGAAAUCCGCGACCCGACCGCAUGUGCAGACCAAUUUCACACCCGAAGCAUCUCCUCCCGUGGGUUCCGUCGACAAGAACGGCACCUCUCGGCCGACUUCAAACUCCUCCCGACCUCCGUCUACCGACCAGCUCCCUAUUCGCCAGAGUGAGGGGUCGGACCGUGCAGACCACAGCACUCAACUUCCCAGGCAUCGCGCUCAGUUCUUCAUCGGUAAUGACGGAGGCUCGCAGGAUGAAAGUCCCCCUGCCACACCCAGAGAUUCUCUGACCCCACCGGGGGGCUAUGACCCCCGUAUUUUUGGCGGAAGCAAGAAGGAUCAUGGGAACGAGAAGAAUCACUCGGGCCAUGGCCAUCAUGGCUCCAUGUCUGAACUGAAGCGAUUCUUCAAGAUGGGCCAUCGCAACAAGCGAUCCGAAUCUCCAACUUCUAUGCCUAAGAAGUCUAGCCGGGGAUCUGGAAAGAACACCCCGUACCAAAUGGCUCCUGACAACGUUCCCUUCGCCGACGAUCACGGAUUGAACACCAAGUAUGGAAAGAUGGGUAAAGUACUUGGAUCUGGUGCCGGAGGCUCAGUGCGUCUGCUGAAACGCAACACCGAUGGCGUCACCUUUGCGGUCAAGCAAUUCCGUGAUCGUCAUAGCUGGGAGAGCCUAAAGGAAUACUCCAAGAAAGUCACUGCGGAGUUCUGUAUCGGCUCCACUCUACACCAUGGCAAUAUUAUCGAGACGCUCGAUAUCAUUCAAGAAGGAACCCACUGGUACGAAGUUAUGGAGUAUGGGCCAUAUGACCUGUUUGCCAUCGUCAUGACAGGCAAGAUGGGCAAGGAAGAGAUCGCCUGCUCCUUCAAGCAAAUUCUCAGUGGUGUAGCAUAUCUGCACGGCAUGGGGCUCGCCCACCGGGAUCUGAAGUUGGACAACGUCGUGGUCAAUGAUCGCGGCAUCAUGAAGCUAAUCGACUUUGGAAGCGCUGUUGUGUUCCGCUAUCCUUUCGAAAACGACAUUGUUCCCGCUUCGGGUAUCGUUGGCUCAGACCCAUACCUUGCUCCCGAGGUCUACGACGAGAAGAAAUAUGACCCCCGCCCCACGGAUGUUUGGUCGCUGGCGAUCAUCUUCUGCUGUAUGACUUUGCGUCGGUUCCCAUGGAAGCAACCGCGCAUGACCGACAACUCUUAUAAGCUCUUUGUGUCCAACCCUUCGGCAGGGACCCCGAUCUCCGAAUCCGACCCCCGUCGUCGGCCCAAGUCGACUCCCGACCUUCCAUCCAGUGGCAAUGAAAACAAGCGUUUGACUCCUCGCUCCAGCGGACCUUCCGAUCAGUCUGGUUCCGAGCAGAACGGCAAUGGCAACAAGUCCGAAUCCCAGGGUGAUGGCGAUCGCUCACCCGACACGCCUACUGCUCAGAAACAGAUCAGUCAAACCAGUGCCCACAACAAUAGGCCCACUCGCACGACCAGCAAAGAGGCACCACCUCUGCCUCCCGGAUCCGCUCAAUCCUCCGGCCAGCGACAGGAGGUCAUCAAAGGACCCUGGCGUCUUCUCCGGAUCUUGCCGCGGGAAAGUCGAUACAUCAUCGGCCGUAUGCUCAAGGUCAACCCGAAGGAGCGAGCUACUCUCGACGAAGUUCUGUCAGACGAAUGGGUCAGAGGCAUCCAUGCUUGUCAACAGAUCGGAACCGGAGAAGUCAUUAAUGAUCCUGGUCAUACCCACGUGCUCGAGCCACCGUCACAAGGUCCUGCUGUGGCCAGCAAAGGCGCCAAGGCCAAAUAA